CGUCCUCUGUUCUGCAUCACCUCCAGACUGUGCGUUAUGACAUAAACAGACUUUCAUGUGAACGCAGCACCAGUGCGCAAAAACUACCUGUUCCCAUCAUUUUUCACGCGUUUUCUCCAAUGCUUUGACAUUUGGAAUGUGCUGUUUUCUUGCAAGCGCCGUUUCCAUGCCAGCAUGGGAACUGCAGUGUCCAAAAGGAAGAAUCUGAGAAAUGAUGCGAUUUCUUCGGUGGCAGCCAAAGUUAGAGCAGCUCGUGCAUUUGGAGAGUACCUUCACACUCACCCUGAGAACUGCAAAGGAUCAGAUCACUUACUUUCUGACAACCUCAUUGGCCACGACUCUGACUCCCCAGACAGCCUGAGCGCUCAGAACAACAACCUUCACACCUACACCCUCCAGGGCUCCACUGUCAGCGCCAACCCCAGCCUGAUCAACCCUGCCCUGGGCCACCUGGAACCCCCUCCUCCGACAACGUCCUCCAAGAGUCGCCUGUCCCUGGAACGCAGCUUCUCGGCCGAAGAGGACGAGCAGAAGUGUGUGGAGUGUGCCCUGCAGCCUGCUCGAGUCUACACCAUCACUGGAGAGUGCGGCAUGCUGGGAACCAGCCAGGGAAGCAAGGAGAACCUCGAACUUGAGGUCUUAAAAGGAGCACGGGAAGCGUGCCAUGCCCAAACGCUUUCCCAACCUUGCACCUCCUCCAACUUGUCAUCUCCAACCCAGCACCACCACCACCAUGUAGGUGGAAGUGGCAACCAUCACCACGGCAACCAUCAUCAUGGCAACCACCAUUACGGCAACACCAGCAGCAGUGGCACAGGAACAUCGCAUCAUCACCAUGGAGAAACGCACCACCACCGUCACCUUUCCCAGCCGCUACAGAGUUCGGUCAGCGCACAUAACAUCCAUGGCUGGGGCGAAGGCAAGGAUUGUGGCCUGGCUUGCGAGGCCUGUCCCGGGGCUCCGUCACGCAGCCAGGGCUCCCUGGACCUGGAGAGCAGCACCCGAGAGGCAGGCAAGCAGUGCCGGCCACCACUAGAGCGGAUGUGCAGUGUGGACCGGGUGACUGGGAUGGAGCGAGAUGACAACAGUUGGUUCCCAAAAGAGAACAUGUUCAGCUUUCAGACUGCUACUACAACCAUGCAGGCGAUUUCGGCUUUCCGGAGUCUUGCAGAGAGAAAGAGGAGAAAGAGGGAGGUGGAGUCAGCUGCUGUCAUCCAGAGAAAUUUCCGGAAACACUUAAGAAUGGUGGGCAGCAGAAGAAUGAAAGCACAAACAUUUGCAGAGCGCAGGGCGAAGAGUUUCAACCGAUCCUGGAGCGAUCCGACCCCUGUUAAACAAGACUCCAUUCACGACUCAAAAGACAGUGGUGAUCUGCAGAUGACCUGUUGCACUCCAGAUGAGGGUGGAUGUGAAGACCUGGACUGGGAGGAGGAGAGAGAGAUGGAGAGACUGGCGUGUGAGGGGGGCGACUUCAUACCCCCUAAAAUUAUUUUGAUAUCAUCUAAAGUCCCUAAAGCAGAAUACGUCCCCAACAUUAUUCGAAGGAAUGAUCCUUCUAUUAUACCUAUUCUCUACGAUCAUGAGCAUGCUACGUUUGACGAUAUAUUGGAGGAGAUUGAGAAGAGAUUGACGGCCUAUAGAAGAGGCUCCAAGAUCUGGCGCAUGCUGAUCUUCUGUCAGGGUGGCCCAGGGCACUUGUACCUGCUGAAAAAUAAAGUAGCCACUUUUGCCAAAGUCGAGAAAGAGGAGGACAUGAGCCAGUUUUGGAAAAGACUAAGCCGGUUUAUGAGCAAAGUGAACCCAGAGCCAAACUUGAUCCACAUCAUGGGCUGCUAUGUCCUGGGCAAUCCAAAUGGAGAAAAGCUGUUCCAGAAACUGAAGAACCUGAUGAGGCCUUAUUCUGUCACAUUUGAGUCACCGCUGGAACUCUCCGCUCAGGGCAAAGAGAUGAUUGAAAUGUACUUUGACUUCCGUCUAUUUCGACUCUGGAAAACAAGGCAGCACUCAAAACUCCUCGACUAUGAAGAUCUGUUGUGACCCUAUGUAGGUCAGGGUGUAGCAUUGCGGGCAGAACGUCCCACUGUAAAACUCCACCAAAACAGCUUUCAUUUCGGAGGACAGGAACAGGAGGACAAUGAGAGGAGACGAACAGCCACUUCGCUGCCUUUGUUGUGUCCCAACUAUUGUUUAUCAACUCUCUGUGGUGGAGUUAGACCACUUCCAAGUGGUAACACACAAGAGAUGAAAACAAGUGAAUACAACAGAUGCCAGAUGUACUAAAACAAUUGUGAAGAUGACAAAUAGGACAUGUUUUGAUUCUGUAAAAUAGUUUUUUCUUGUUGACAAACAGUCGUCAACUUGUCAUUUUUUAAGUAACAUAUUGCUCGCAGUGAUCACUAGCUGUCGAUCACAAGCUGUCAAUCACAAGCAGAGACCGUUGUGUUUACGAAAGAGUCAUGCCUGCAAUAUCAGGUUGCCUUUAACGAAACGUAUAAGAAAACACAGAAAUGGUCAUAUAUGAAAUAACAAUAUAUCGGUAUACUUAACAGGAUAUACAUUUUAUGAGUAUAUAGAGUAACUAUAGUCAUGCAAAUAAUCUAAAUGUCAAUGGUACACAAUUUACUUUUUCAGUGUAUAUUGUCGUGGUCUUUCUAAUGAACUAUUUUGAAUAACUCAGGUUUUAGCCUUUACAACCAUAUUAAUUAUUCUCCUAACCAGAUGUGUUUGGAAGUUGUCGCUCAAUGUUUUGGAAAGAAUGUCCAUUCUGCUGACAUACGUGUAUGUGAUACAUUUAUUGCAUUUUGCUUUUGGCUUACCUCGAAUUAGCAGUAACAUGGCAUUGCAGGGAGACAUUAUGGAAUUUGUUUAAAUAUAUAUCCUUAUGUUGGUCUUUGUGUUCAGAACAGUUUGGCUGUUUUCACUCUUAGAUUUGCUCAAUCGCUUGGUCGGAACCUGUUAGAUUCAGGUUUGAUUCAAACUCCCUCCCCCUGACCCUGCAGGUAUUCGGGUCGACAUCACGUUCCAGUGUGAAAACAUCCUUACUUUUCCAUAGUUCUCCAUUUUAUUUCCGGCAGUUGGUGUGGUUGGUCAUGAACAGGCAUGAUGGUAUUUGACGUCCAUUCACGGAUAAUAGAACAAAGUGUUACAUUUAAUGGCAACUUGCAAGUGUAAACUCUAUGCAUUCCUCUUCUUUCAUUAGUAGCUUUUAAAGGUUUUGAGCAACUGACAUUUUUUAUGUUUAUGUUUAUGAAUGUUCUAAUAUGCUCAGCUAAUAAGCCAUACACUCUUUAGCUACUGCAGCAAGCUGCUUAGUCUGAGGGGGUCUUUGAUAUCGAUGACUUCAGGCAUUCAUGAAGCAGCUGAACUUAAAACUGGUUAAAUGAUGGCUUUUUCUCAUAAUCUCUUCUCUUGUUUUACACACACCCAUGAUGCUAAGUGGCUAAUAAAUGUUGUUCUGGCAACAUUUAAAAGAAUAGUUCACCCAAAAAUGAAAACUCUCUCAUCAUUUACUCAUCCUCACGCCAUCCCAGAUGAAUAUGACUUUUCAUGGUUCUGUAGACUGAAAGUGAAAAAUUUUAGAAGAAUAUCUCAGCUCUGUAGGUCCAUACAAUGCAAGUGAAUGGUGGCCAGAGCUUUGAAGCACCAAAAAGCACAUGAAGGCAGCAUAAAAGUAAUCCAUAGGACUCCAGUGAUUAAAUCCAUGUCUUCUAAAAAUCUUUAUUUGUGAUCUGCUGAAGAAAGAACUGGGAUGGCAUGAGAGUAAGUAAAUGAUAAUAGAAAUAAUAUUUUUGGGUGAAUUAUUCCUUUAAUUGACAGAUUGGAGCCCCACCAUAUAAUUAAUCCAAUCAGGUAUGUUGCCGAGACGUUUGACAAGGCAUCACAUUCUUAUGAGCAGCAUCCCAGAUAUUCUUAUUUAAAACAUCAUAUUUGUGUACAAACUUCUGAUAAACAUCUCAAAGGAACUAAGCUAAACAAAGCUAUCGCAUGGCUGCAGAAGACUUGGAAUAUAACACAAUAGACCUUAUUCACGCUAGCGCCAUCUUUGAUUUUUAAUGGGAAUGACAACGAGGCUGUGAGGGAUAGACUUACAGUCUCUUCAAUGGGCUGUACUGCAGUUUAGAGUGUUUCUGGAUCAUUCCACAGACAAAACAUUGAUAAAAUAUCUGUCCAAGAACAUUCAGUAUACAAAGAACUACAGACAACAUGAGUUGUGGAAAAUCAGAUGUGAUCUAGUAGUUUUAUACAGCUUUAUACCAUUCGUGCUAUUGAAGAGAUGGUAAGUCUAUCCCUCACAACCUUGUUGUCAUUCCCAUUAAAAAUCUAAGAUGGCUAGCGUGAAUAAGGUCUAUAGUCUUUUAUGAUCCUUUUGUCAUUUUUGAGCUUGACAGUGUCACUGAGUCACCACUCACUUUCAUUUUAUGGAAAAGAACGGCCAGGGCAUUCUUAAAACAUUCACUUUGUGUUCUACAGAAGAGAGAAAGUCAUAAGUAUUUGGAAUAACAUGAGGGUAGAUAAAUAAUGGCAGAAUUUAAAUGUUUGAGAGAACAGUCCUUUAAAAUGAGCAGAUUCACAUCAAUUCUUAGUCAAAAAUGUUGCGCUGAAUGUCGUUCUAACACCCAACAGGGAUGAAAAUGCACACAUCAGAUGUAUUUGUGACAUACAUGCACUAUCAAGGUCAAUACUAGUCAUUUAAUGCCCCUUUAUGCCCUCAUUUGAAGGGUACGAGAAGGUUACAGGGUGACUUAUAUGGCAGACAAACACAAAAGUAUAAUAUGGUUAUAAAGAAAACUUCUGAAUAGUUUUUGUAACUGCAAGGUUCCCAUAACUGAGCAGUGAAUACUUGGGAGUGUGUCUGGAUAUAUAUGUUUUACUGUCAUCAAUUUCAUUGGCUCUCUCUCUCUUGGCUAAAUGAGAUCCAGGUGGUCCGUGCGGUCAGAGCUCUCCAGUUCUCUAACGAAAGGGCUGCACCCCGGCCAGAAAAUAGGCUGUAAAUGAAUUGGGCUGAUCCUACAGCAAUUUCAGUCAUUAAGGGACCAUCUGUGACUCGCAGUAGGUGUCAGAGAGCCGGCCGUGUCUGUGGCAAAGAGAGAGAGAGAGAGAGAUUAAAUAUUUAUGGAGAGAGAAUCCAUAUUCACCAUACUACAGAUGGCAGUAUCACACUAGCAGGAACAUUUGGUGGUGAGAGUGCAAGCGUGUUAUCUCGGGACAUCCAACUUGAACAGAAUGCAGAAAAUGGUGGCCAGUUAGACAGUUUAGUUCAUAUUCAUCAUUCAUUCAUCAUAAUUUUUUUUGUUCAUGGGACUCAUGGACAAGUGAGUGAGAUUAUUUAUUUAUUUGCUUUUUAACUGGAUACUCCAAGUUAGUGUUUUAAAGCUCUUUGUCAAUGUAUCCAUAUAUGUACUGUAACUACUUUUAUUAUUUAAAAUAUAAACAUGAAUGUUUGAUCUUUUUUUAUAAUUAUAUUAUUUAUUAAUGCUGUUUAUUUUGUACUUGUGCUGGACAUUAAUGGCUGUUUGUGCACAGCUUUUGUAGCAAAUAGUUUUUUGUGGGCCAAUUAAUUUCUCACAAUUAUGGAAGAUUACCAUUUAGUGUCUUCUAUACACAAAGCUUUGGCAAGGUCUGAAGAGUCUGCCUUUUAAAUUGGUCAUGAACAAACAAGAUGUCUCACUUUAGGGCAGGUUGCUUGUACGUGAACUGAUAUGGCAGUAUAAAUACAUUAAUGCAAGAUUUAACUGCAGCCCAAAUUCCAACCCCUAACUAGUCUUAAUAAGUAAAAAUGUUUGGUAUGAAAUGUUGAUUCUAAACCAGCUUUAUUCUCUGAUCUACAGGGUUCUAAAUUGAGAACUAUGGGUCUGUUCCAAAACCUAGUGAGCGUCCUCCUGAUGUAGCAUUUUAAGACAUCAUAGGCACGCUCCCGAUGCAAAGUCUGUUCCAAAAGGUAGGUAUCUUAAUUAUGCUGCCUCUUACGAUAUUUCUUUUUGGCCAAAUUUGAAGAUAGCAUCUAUGUAUCCUUCCCCAUGUAGGCGAUCCCAGAUUGCACCGUGAUUAGCUCGGUGGAUAAAAUAAGUCAAAGAUGGCGGAAGAAGCGAGAGAAAUUUAGAUUAUAAAUAUCCUUAUAAUCCAUUCAAUAUUGAAAAGUAUUGAUAAAUAACAGUUUAAUAUGCCUCAAAACCAACUAUCUUACCCAGGGCCAUAGCUAGUGGGGUGAAAGGUGGUAACAAUUCUAGGGGCCCAAAAGUCCAGGGCGGCCCACGACAAAUUCAAAACUGCAUUAUUUUAAUUGGUAAGGGGACCAGGGCAAUAUGUAGUAAAGGGGCCCAGAAUUACAUGCUACGGCCCUGAUUUUACACAAAAUGUGUGUGUGUCGUGCGUAUUUAGGCUCAUUAGAGAAUCGCGUCAUUUCUCUCGAGUCACCUGUAUUGAAAUCAGUUGUGAGUUGAAUCUCAUGUGCUGCACGUGAGGAACUCUUUUUGAAUGAUGUCGCCUGUGUAGAGCGUUCCAAAUUGCUCUCUUAUUAGGCAUCAUUUCAGUAAGGAUGCUGCCAUAGAAGACAGCUGCCUGUGUAGGCAGCUCACUAAGUUUUGGAACAGACCUUUAAUGUGGCUCUUUGAACAGAACCUCCAGUAUGCUGAAUUCAGCAUUUCGGAGUGUCAAAAUUUUUUGCUGUACAUCCCUGCUGAAGAAAACAACAGAAAUUGUAAUGGGUUCCACUACAAAUACCAUUAUAAGUGCAGUGUUUUGGGGCAUAUUCCAUUAGGAUUUAAUGGUUUGUAUUUGUUGCCAUUAGUCCCUAAUGGUAUCCACUAGACAUAAGAUGCCGCCAAUAGCGACCCACAGGGACAUUAUUGUUCCCAUUAAAAUCAAUAUAAUUCCCAUUAAAACCAUUCAAAUUUCUGGUUUACUUUGCAUGAAUUGAAGGAGCAGUCCUGUAAUUUUUUUUUAGAUAAAUGUAUUUAUUCAAACACACAAGGUAUUUUUUGAGACUUUAUGGACAACAUUAUGUUGGUAUUAGCUUUUAGUCGCACUUUUAGUAGUCUUUAUUAGACAUUACAAUAUUAACGCUCAUAAAUCUUGCAGUGGUCCCUGGGUCUUUGUGGUUGCGCGAUCCAAUUUGGCGAUUCCCACCCACUCGAAAACCCAUCAACAAUGAAAACGGAAACCCCCCCCCCCAAACAACUUUUGGGCCUGUUGCUAUGUAAAAAAAAUGGUGGGAAGGGGGGUCCUUGGAGAUAAUUGGCCCCGGGGUCUUUGCAAGUCAUAAUCCGUCCCUGGUUGCCACAAUGAAUGCAUGCAAUCAUAAUUUGAAGCCUGUUUGAAGUCAGAUAUAUAUAUAUAUGAUGUGAUUAAAGCAGAAAAAAAGAGUCCAGCAGAAACUCCAGCAUUAAAGGCAUGUUUUCAGUACUUAUGACAGACGUCACUGCUUUCACCUCACAGUGACUGGCUGACGCCUGCCGUUUUUCAUUCCUCAUUUGCAUGAAGCAGAGGAAUUUGAACUUUUUCGAUGUCUUCGACUACCGUCAAUGCUUUCUCUGCUCUGCUGUCAAUCAUCCAAUCUAUCUCGAGAGUGUGGCGCUCAACUUCCAUAGGAAUGAAUUGAAAACGCUCGCUCACCUUCGCACAAAACACACCAAUGGAAACGUACGGUAAUGAGUUUAAAUGUUUUGUGAUGUUUACUACACUUGUUAAUUAGUUUUAGUGGUUUGUGACAGUUCACUACACCUGUUGACCAGUUUUAGUGGAUUGUGACUGUUCACUGAACUCGUUAAAGACUUUCAUUGGUUCGUGACGUUCACUACACUUUUUAACAAGUUUUAAUGGUUCAUUAUGUUCAUUAUACUCAUUAAAGUGUUUCAUUAUUUCUUGACGUUCACUUCACUUGUUAACGAGUUUUACCAUACGUUUCCACUGGCACGAUUUCAAUUCAUUCCUAUGGAAGUCGAGCGCCAUGCUCUCAAACUGGAUUGUGGGAUUGACAGCAGUGCAGAUUAAGUUUUGGGAGUGGCUGAGAGCAUCAAAAAUGUUGAGAAUGGGGGCCUGGGUUCUCAGCGAGUAUUGACGCUGACUACCACCCCUGGAGUUGCGAGUUCGAAUCCAGGGCAUACUGAGUGACUCCAGCCAGGUCUCCUAAGCAACCAAAUUGAGACCGGUUGCAAGGGAGGGUAGAGUCACAUGGAGUAACCUCCUCGUGGUCGCGAUUAGUGGUUCUCGCUCUCAGUGGGGUGUGUGGUAAGUUGUGCGUGGAUCGCGGAAAGUAGCAUGUGCCUCCACAUGCUGUGAAUCUCCGCAGUGUCAUGCACAGCGAGCCACGUGACAAGAUGCGCUAGGAUUGACUGUCUCAGAAGCGGAGACAACUGAGACUUGUCCUCCACCACCCGGAUUGAGGUGAAGUAGUGGGAAUUUGGCAUUCCAAAUUGGGGAUAAACUAAAAAAAUUAAAAAGUUGAGAAUUCUCAGCUUUAUGCAAACGAAAAGCAGAAAAUGCCGAGCCAAUCACCAUGAGCUGAAAGCAGUGACGUCUGUCAUAAGCACUUCAACAAAUGAAGAUAAUGCUGAAGUUUCUGCUGGAUUCAGUGCUUCAAUCACAAACUGACUGAAAAUGAUGAUUGCACACCUACAUUGUGACAAUACUGUGGCUGGGUGAGCAAAAGUAAGACUCCAAACAGACAUAACAAAUGAAGACUGCAUGCAUUCAUUGUGAAAAUACUGUUGCUGGAUGAAAAAGUUAAAUCAUUAAAUCAACAUUUUUAUCCACUGGACAUUCGGAAAUAAAGUUUGCAUCUUUCUGACUAUAAUCACGCAUAUUUAUUGUGAUUAGAUUGACCGUGAACUGAAAACAAUCAUGGGAUGAGUACGAAAUUGCAUACUACAUACCACUCUUACUAUUUCUUCCAUAGACUGAUGUGGCAGAAACAGUAAAAGUAGUAUGGGUAGUAAGCCAUUACACAGCCCACAAUCACUGUACCACGCCCAGAAGCAGCAGCUCUCUGACGAGCGUCUUUGAGCUGAGUUUUCAGUGAAAACAUACGGUCAGUGGUUCGUGAUCGUUCACUACAAUCGUUGAUGAGUUUAAAUGGUUUGUUAUGUUCACUACACACAUUCACUAUACUUAACAUUGAAUGGUUUUUGGGGCCUGGGUAGCUCAGCGAGUAAAGACGCUGACUACCACCCCUGGAGUCGCAAGUUCAAAUCCAGGGCGUGCUGAGUGACUCCAGGUCUCAUAAGCAACCAAAUUGGCCCGGUUGCUAGGGAGGGUAGAGUCACAUGGAGUAACCUCCUCGUGGUCACUAUAAUGUGGUUCUCGCUCUUGGUGGGGCGUGUUGUGCAUGGACAGGGUUGGGGAAUAACAGGAUACAUGUAACAGGAUUACGUAUUUAAAAUACAAAAAAUAAGUAACUGUAUUCCACUAAAGUUACAGUUUAAAUCAUUGGUAAUCAGAUUACAGUUACAUUCAAAAAGUAUUUUGAUUACUGAAGAGAUUACUUUGCAUUUUAUUGUCAUUUGUUUUAUUUAAUGUUUAGACUGUUCAGUUGGAAAACAUUUAUCCAUAUAAAUGAUGCAAUCUGAGGAGCUUUCGAACAGCAGUGAAACACAUUCUUAAGAUGUGUUACAUUCAUACAAGUUCAUACUGUUGUGAGUGAAAAGGGUAGAUAUGACGUCACUGAGUAAUUUUCCCUUGGGAGCUUAAUAGAGGAGCUACAUCACAUUUCUACAGCUUAACAGGAAAACAGUUAGAAACGCUUUCAGAUGAAACAUAAAUCCAAUAAAUACACUAUUACACGCUUUGUCAUUGUUUUUUUGAUGAGGUUAGGGUAUUUUUACAAGAAAUACUAACCAAUGUAGCCUUUAACACAUAUAGAAAGCUACAACCAAUAUAUCUAUGAUGAAAAUGCACAUUGGAGCAUAACAUUUUUCUCUAGUAAGACCUUUGAUAUUAGAGCAUGUACUGCAAAAAAUCUUAUUCUUGAUGAGAAUUUAAAUAUUGUUUUUCUGUAAAAAUAUCAAAAAAUCCUUAAAGCAAGAUACAUUUAAGUGCAUUUUCUUACUUUAUUUACUUGUUUAUAGUCAAAAAAGUGACAAAUUUGCCAGUACUGAAGAAGUAAUCAAAGUAUUUAGAAUACGUUACUGACUUUGAGUAAUCUAAUGGAAUAUGUUACAAAUGACAUUUUACAGCAUGUAUUCUGUAAUUUGUAGCAGAAUACUUUUUAAAAGUAACCUUCCCAUCCCUGUGCGUGGAUGCCACGGAGAAUAGCGUGAAGCCUCCACAUGCACUAUGUCUCCGCAGUAACACGCUCAACAAGCCACGUGAUAAGAUACGCAGACUGACGGUCUCAGACACGGAGGCAACUGAGAUUCGUCCUCCGUCACCCGGAUUGAGGCGUGUCACUACGCCACCACGAGGAUUUAGAGCACAUUGGGAAUUGGGCAUUCCAAAUUGGGGAGAAGAAAAAAAAAACAUUGAACGGUUUGUGAUGUUCACUACACUUAAUGAGUUUGAAUAGUUUGUGUCAAUUCGCUACACUUGUAACAAGUUUUAAUGGUUUUUGAUUGGUCACUAAAAUUUGAGUGGUUUUUGAUGUUCGCUAUACUUGUUAACAAGUUUGAAUGGUUCUCUGGGCAGUGAUGUACCAAAUUAAUUUUUAGUGAGGGCACAGUUAUGACUGGCCUAUCAGUUCAACACAAGAUUUUAAUCAACAUGCUCUGGUAACACUUUACAAUAAGGUUAUCCAUUAAUAUAUUAGGUAUCAUGAGCUAACAAUGAACAAUAAUUUUAACUGCAUUUAUUAAUAUUGGUUAAUGUUAAUUUGUAAAUAUAGCCUUCUAUUGUUAGUUCGUAACUUCAAUGCAUACACCUUUAAAUGGUUAAAAAUGUAUUAAUAUAUUUUGAAAUUAACAUUAAGAUCAUUAAAUGCUGUAAAAGUAUUGUUUGCUCAAGUAACUAUUGUUUUAACUAAUGUUAACAUUAACAACCUUGUUGUAAACUGUUACCGGUGCCCUUUAGUAGCAUAAACACCAUGUAUUCUUUAAAUGAAAUACAUUUUCCAUUCCAUUUUCUCACACAUCCUGCACAUUUUACUGUGUCGUAGCCCUGUUCAUGUGUGCAGGAGAUUAGCACAAGUGCAGGUGCACCAGAACUCAUUAGUUUUAUGAGAGACUUGCUAGAUGGUUUGGUUUUCAGAGCAUUAAGUUUGGAGCUCUCAGCCAGCCCUCUUCAUAUCAUAUUAGAUUGAAUUGAUUAUUGAAGUGUAUGAAUAUUCAAAAAAAAACAAAAAAAAAAAAACAUUCUUUAUCGUCUGUUAUUCAGUAAUAAGUAGAAUGAAUGUUCCACUUGAAAUGUGGAACACUCCCAUGAGUAACAAUGGCAUUUUAUGUUUUUUUUUAAUAAAAAUUAGAUAUUGUAGAUAUGAAUUACGUAACAGAUAUAUCUGAUGUUGAUUAUGUCAUCUGCAGACUUGUGUCUUGUGCAUUUCAUGGUGUAUCUGAAUCAUUGUGUUGGGGAUUAAACUCAUGUGAUGAUGUAUACAGUCGCUGGACCAGCAACAUCUUCAAUUCAAGAUGUUCCAACAUGUUGGUACUGGAUGGGUGCAAAGUGUUUCUAAUGCUUUUCUUUUCCAAUAAAAUUUGU